AUGACUUUUUCUUUAAGAAGGUGGUAUCUUCAGCUGGGUUGUCUCUUGAUGGUGAAUUUAGUUUAUGGCAUCCUAGAAUAUCAAAAAGAAGCCCCUGCCAGCCUGGGAGAGAUUGAUAAUCAGUGCUGGGAAAUCUCCUCUCUUAGGCUGGUGGAAAUGAAGAAACUCAGAGUAGAAGGCACAGUUACUGCUCUCUGGGAAUUCAUGAUGUUCUUAAAAGAGUCGUCUAAACCCAAGCACAAUGAAGUCUUCAACAACUUGGCUCAGAAUUUCUGGGAUAUGUACAUAGAUUGUGUGCUCUCAAGGUCUCAUGGAAUGGGCAGGAGACAAUUAGAAUUUCCAGUGAAUACUUUUACCCAUGCACCGAAAAUCUCUAAAGACAGUGUCCUUUGUCAGGAGUUGAAGAAGGAAAUGGAGGAAAAAACAUGA